AUGCUGAAACGUGAAGGAGGAUUAGCAGUGAAUGGCACGUUUUUACCGCAUAUCAGAAGAUAUUCACAACUAAAACGUAUUCUAAGGUUUAUUCAGAUGUACCAAGAUAUUGUCAGCCUUUCUCCUGAAGAGGCUUACAAGCGUCUUAGAGAAGGUAAUUCCGGACCGAAGCCUUCAGCUGAGUGGCUGGCAAAGAAGAAAGCGUUGAGAAAAGCGUGGCUCACUUUUCAGCCUGAGACUACGACGACAACAGCUACACCGACUGACCACUCCUCCAUAUUUAUCUUCGCUGUACUCGGAAUUUUUGCUUUGGCCACGAUCAUCGCGCUACUGGCUUGGGUCGUAAAACGAAGCGCUGUGAAACGGCAAAGGAACCGGGAACGCGAACUUCUGGAACACCAAGAGCUACUCCAGAAAGCUCUCCGCUCGAGGACUUUGCUGCUCGAAAUAGAAGAUUAA